ACAGAAAUGGAAUGUGGAAAUGCAAGUUUACUGAAAUUAUCUAGACUUAUUUCUAGAUCACUCUGCCUAAGUGGAUCAGGAAGAUAUGCAACUUUACUGGCUAGAAAUAAAACUUUAGUUCUUGACUAUUUGUACUACAGUGCAAGUAAUGAACUUGAAAUGUUCGAAGGUGGCAGUGUUGCUGAAGGUACACUGACAUCAGGGAGUGAUGCUGACAGAAUGAUUGUUGUUCCCGAUGUAGUUGUGGAAAUGUCAGAGGAAAAAAAGGAUGACUUGAAGAAAACAGGCCAUGUAUUUCUUCUUGAUACAAGGGCAUGUAAUCCAGGUUAUGCACGCCUACAUCCACUGCACCUUGCUGACAAAAACAAUCCACUUUUUGAUGGUUAUGGUGUAGACAUUCAAGAAAUACUAGAAGAAACAACAGAAGGAGUGUUUUUGUCAAGCGAAAAGUUUGCUGACUUCUUUAUAUCUGUCCCACAUCAUCAUGGACUUUCUACAGCCUACUAUCGCCAUGGUCCUUGUGCAACAGCAGAACAUGUUGAUACACAUGGAUUUAUAGAAGGCAAACCAGGUAUUUCCAAAGAGACAGACAUUGCACAUGCACUGGUUUGUGUGGAAUGGCCUAUUGAGGCAAAAGAAUGGAUAACACGCAGACGUCUUCACAACUGGCCGACUCAGUCUAUGAUAAAAAUAAUAAGCAACAAGAAGUGCUAUGUUGUUCCCAUCGGCAAUCCAGAGUCAGAAUAUCAUUCUCUAGAAUGGAGAAUAUCCUAUCUGCUGAGUGAACGAGAACUAGUAUGGAGUUUCAAUGACACACAAUUAAACUGUUACUUCAUUCUGAAAAAACUUCAUAAACUUUAUUUCGAUAAACUCGCUCCGGAUCAACUUAGCUCAUAUCACAUGAAAACAACUGUGUUUUGGUUGUCAGAAGAGAAAGGGCUUUCUAUGUGGUUCCAAGAAAACUUGCUGGUUUGUGUAGAAACAUGUUUGGACAGGCUUUAUGACUGUAUACAAAAGAGACAGUUACAUCACUACUUCAACUGCCAUGUCAAUUUGUUUGGACACAAAUUUCAAAAUGAUCAUCUGAGAAAACAGAUUUUGGAGAAAAUACAAGAAGUGAGAACAAACAUCUCUGCAAAUGUGUUAAAUUGUCUUCCUCCAGAGUGGAAAUGGCCUACUAUGUGGGAAGAUCUUUCUUCAGAAACCUGCAGUUUUGCAAAACUUGGCAAUGAGUUUGAAAUAUUGGAAAAUGCUUUUCCAACUACCAGAAAGGCUAAUGAAGCAUACCAUCUAUACAGAGUCAUGUUCAAUUUACUACUGCAGGUUACAACUGAUUAUUUAGAUGCCAGAUGGAUCCUACGUCAACUUACUGCAUUUGAGAAUAACCCACCAGUAGGCAUAUACUCUCUCUUCAUAGAAAUGACAAAAAUAUUUUUGGACUUGAGGUUUGCUAUGGCAUACUUCAGAGAAAUAACAGUACAUGAAGAUGAGGAGUUUCAAACGUACAUUGAAUCACAGCCUAUCUCAUCGAAGGAUAUGACAGUAAUGGUUUCCCAUGCUAGCAGGAUGGAUGGAAUGUCCGGAGAACUGUACCUUGCCACAAUUUAUCAGUUUUUAGGAGAUUAUUCAAUGUCAACAACAAUUGUGAAUAGAGUUUUAGACAAACAUAGGUACCUGAUAUAUUCCGGAUGGUGUUCAACAUACAGAAGUAUACAUCUUACAGGAGAUGGACUUUCCAAGCAAGUACCAGGCAUAAAACUUCAGGGUGAAGAGGGAAGAACACAUGCAGCCUAUGAUGUAAUUUUCUCAUAUAAAGAUGUUCACUGUGUCCCUUAUCCACUGAAGUUUGAAUGUGCUCUAGCCGAAUUUGAUAGUGACGAUUUCAUUGUAAUGCAUCCAUGCAUCUAUGCCAACUUCUUGCUUUGCUAUGGACAAUAUGCUUCCAAAAAUUUCUCAACCUUCAAAAACAACCUGAAGAUUCUUCAGAUGUCAGUAGAUGAGUCUAAAGGAGGUCUUGAGAGGCAUCAUGCUCUAAACAUUCUGGCAUACUGCUAUCUUCUAAAUGGCAAUUUUGUGAAGGCAUUUGAGUACUUCAAAGAAUCUUUUCAGGAAACAGAACAUAGCAAAGUUUCAAAUGCUGCUGCUUUUCAUAUAGCGAUAAUUUUGCUAAACCGCUUUGAGAACUCAUCCAUGACCAAGAUUCAAACUGGACCUUGAGAUCAUCAAGAUUACCAUUCUGACAAAGCUUCAUGAAGAUAUAUUCAUAAAUGUGGCCUCUACAGUGUUAACAAGCUUUUCCUUUGAUUUGACCCGAUAACCUAGUUUUUGAUCCGACAUGACCCAGGUUCGAACUUAACCUAAAGAUCAUCUAGAUUAACAUUCUGACUAUGUUUCAUGAAGAUACAGUCAUAAAUGUGGCCUCUAGAGUGUAAACAAGCUUUUCCUUUGAUUUGACCUAGUGACCUACUUUUUAACCCACCUUACCCAGAUCUGAACUUGACCUAUAGAGUCUCAUGAUUAACAUUAUGACCAAGUUUCAUUAAGAUAUGGUCAUAAAGGCGGCCUCUACAGUGUGAACUAGCUUUUCCUUUGAUUUGACCUGGUCACCUAGUUUUUGACCCUACAUAACCCAGAUUCAAACUGGACCUUGACAUCAUCAAGAUUAACAUUCUGACAAAGUUUCAUGAAGAUAUACCGGUAGUCAUAAAUGUGACCUCUACAGUGUUAAUAAGAUUUUCCUUUAAUUUGACCCGGUGACCUAGUUUUUGACCCCAGAUGACCCAAUGUCAAACUCGUCCAAGAUUUUAUUGAGGGUUACAUUCUGACCAAGUUUCAUUAAGAUUGGGCAAAAAAAUGUUACCUCUAGAGUGUUAACAAGCUUUUCCUUUGAUCUGACCUGGUGACCUAGUUUUUGACCCCAUAUGACCCAGUAUCAAACUCAUCCAUGUUUUUAUUGAGGGUAACAUUCUGAUCAAGUUUCAUUAAGAUUGAACAAAAAUUUUGACCUCUAGAGUGUUAACAAGCUUUUCCUUUGAUUUGACGUGGUGACCUAGUUUUUGAUCCCAGAUGACCCAAUAUCGAACUCGUCCAAGAUUUUAUUGAGGGUAACAUUCUGACCAAGUUUCAUUAAGAUUGGCUCAAAAUUGUGACUUCUAGAGUGUUAACAGUCAAACUGUUGACGACGACAACAGACGACAGACACAGAGUGAUCACAAAAGCUCACCUUUGAGCACUUUGUGCUCAGGUGAGCUAAAAACAAGAAAGUUGGUCAGUAGGUCAAGGCAAAUGUCAUCAAAGUGAUCUAUCUCAAUCAGUAUACAAAACUGUAUGUAUAGACCAAAAAUCACUGCUGUAUCUUCAAAAACAAGGAAGUAGGUCAGUAGGUCAAGGUAAAUGUCAUCAAAAUCACCCAUUUCAAUCAGUAUGCAAAACUGUUCUAGCUCAUUUCUAGUUGUCUGAAAUACUUUGUUAAAGACUCAUAACGCCUUUGUGUGAGGUUUGGAUACUGAUGAACACUGUGAAGUUUUAUUGAAACCUGAUUACCUCCCUUUAUGGAUCUAACUGUAAAAAUUGUUGUGCAGUAUUAAAAGUAGUGCUUUUAACCUUGUAAUUAUGCACAACAUUAUUCUAUUGGAAUAGUUCUUUCAUCAGUUUUUAACAUAAAAUUGAAAGCCUUAUGGAACUUUACCUAUAAAUCGUAGCAAAUUCUACUUCUGUAAUACUUUGGAGCACAAGUCCCCUUUUUUUAUACAGGCAAAACUGGGAUACAUGGGGAAAGACCAAAUUGGCUGCUUAAGACAGGUGACCACUUAACACAGGUAGAAUUUUUAGGGUUAUAAAUACUUUCUGUGGGAAGUAUAAGACAUAUAUAUAAAAUGUAACUAUAGUAUAAAAUACAAUGUUUAAGAAAUAAUAUAUCUCAUCCAGUGAUUUGUCGUUGAAUAAAUCAUUGGAGUUCAGAUGAAAAGGAAUUAUAUCACGAGGGGCAGACCGAGUGAUAUAAUAAUACGCAUCUGAACGACAAACAAUGAUUUAUUCAAGAGCAAUUCACUUAAUGAGAUAUAUUAUUUCGAUUCUAACAUGUUACAAAGGAUUAAGUACAUUCUUGAUAACUUGCUUUAAAUAUUUGCCCGUUUUCAAUGGAUUUCUUUUCCAGCGCGCCGCUAUGCCGUUAGACGCCAUGACGUAAUAAUUGUGACGUCAGAACAGUGAUUUGUUGUAUAAUAAUUCACUGCUUUCUACCUUCUUUGUUUAAUAGGAAAAUGAAUCGGAUCAUGUUAGAAUAUCUGUUUUACUGAAUGGAAGAUACUUUCAGUAUCUGAAGACUAACAAAAAACAACAUAUAUGCUGAGUCUAGAAUUGAGUAGAAAAAAGGACCAUUAAAUGGGGUAUAAACAAUGUAUCUGGGAGCAAAAAUAGCCGCUGCAGGCAAUGAUUCAAAGUGACCAUUAAUGGCUGGUGACUGUUAACGAAAGGUGACCAUCAGCACAAACUGGAUGGUACCUACUAUGCAAAGUCACUAAACUUUGGCCUACAAGUCCUUGCACAUUUUUAUUUUUGAAAUACUUUGUAGUAUAAGUCCCUUUCGAAAUACCUGGUCACUGUGAUAAUACAGAGUUAAACGUAUUCUUUUUUUUUAGUAAGUUUUGUAUGCACUAUUGUCAAUUAAACCAGUAAAACAUCUUACCCAUUGUCAUCAGUGAGUCAUGUACUUUUUCUUGUAAGCUUCCAUCUCUUCUGUAAAGAUUCAGUAAAAUAUUUAUUUUUUAAUCAUAUGUUUGGAGUUUAAAGCAUUUGACCUAGUUAAUAAAAAUUUCUAUUUUAACAAGAGCUGUCCGUAAGACUGUGGGUCUUAGCAUGCUCCACUAUUCGGGGAUUUAACAGUAAAAUGAAUACAUGUCUUAAUAAGAGACCUCUACUUCUAAAGAAAGAUACACCAAGGGGCAUAAUUCCAUCAAAUACACAAAUUUAAGUUAUUAGGAUUGUUACAACACAUGCAGAUGAUGAUGAUAAAGAUAUAUUUUGAGUUUCAAGUCAUUAUCUUAAAUAUAUAGUACCAAAGUUAUGUCCAGAAAAAAAAGUUUGUAAAAAAAUUAAGAAUAAAAGGGGCAUAAUUCGGUCAAAAAUACAAAUCAGAGUUAUGGGGAUUGUUACCACACAUGCAGAUGAUAAUAAAGAUACAUUUUAAGUUUCAAGUCUUUAUCAUAUAUUGCAUUAAAGUUAUAUCCAGAAAGCGAAGAUUGCAAAAAAGUUUAAGUACAAAAGGGGCAUAAUUCUUUCAAAAAACACAAUUAGAGUUAUGGGGUAUGUAGCCACACAUGCAGAUGAUUAUAAACAAAUACUUUUAAUUUCAAGUCAUUAUCUUUUAAAGUACCAAAGAUGUCUAUAAACGAAGCUCUUGAAAAUAUUUAACAUGAAAAUAAUUCAAAGUAUAACUUCUUGGUGACUUUGACCUUGGGUAUAAUGGGCCCAGCCUCUGCACAUACUUUGUUUGUAUGCUGGACAAUGUUUAUGUGAACUUACAGUAUGAUAUAAGCAAAAGUAACAAAGAUAUGACAGAAAAACAAAGGUUGCUGAAAAACUUUAACCUUAAAAAUAACCUAAGUAUAACACCUUGGUGACCUUGACCUUGGGUAUAAUGGGCCCAGUCCCUAAACGUACUUUGUUUGUAUGCUGGACAAUGUUGAUGUAAAGUUACAGUAAGAUAUAAGCAAUAGUAACAAGGAUAUAACAGAAAAACAAAGGUUGCCAAAAAACUUUAACCUUAAAAAUAACCUAAGUAUAACACCUUGGUGACCUUGACCUUGGGUAUAAUGGGUUCAGCCCCUACACAUACUUUGUUUGUAUACUGGACAAUGUUUAUGUGAAGUUAUAUAAUGGGAAGAAAAUCAGAGUGGAUCUUCAGACAGAUCUGUCAAAAUCACUGAUAACUUAGUUGCUAUACAGUAUAUAAGAAACAAACUUUAGAAAAUUUGCAGAGAUAAUUUAAAAUGAUAUCCUAUCUAUCUUAUGUAUGAUUUUGCCUUUUUCAAAACAUUCCUAGUCAAACGACAUGUUUGUAAACAAAAGCACGUGUUUAUAUUUAUUUUAAUAUAUAAAUCUAGGUCAGGUGGCAUUCGCUUUAUAAGUCUUUUUUCAUUGGCUGACGCCGGAAACCCCAUGCAGUGACGUAGUUAAGUUGGAAGUCAUGAGAUUUAUAAACAUGUUAAAUUUUUGACUGGUUAAAAAUGACUUUACAUAGUUUUUGAUACAAUCUUAAGCGGCCAUGUCCAUGUGACAUUAUAUACAUAAGCGGCCAAAAAACAGGAAGUGGAACUUGUAAACAUCUUUUAUAAUAGAAAGUUAAGCUUUUUUUGUUUUUUUUGGCAAGUGUCAAUAUUAGGCACCUAUAAAUGUUUCGUCUCUGACUGUACAGUUAGGUUGAUAAACUUUUGCCGCUGUUAACUUAGAUUCCUCGGACAGAAACGUGAGACAUUUGUUGUAUACCACUAUAUUGUCUGAAUAUAUAAUAGAUUUACAUAGAAACAGUGACAGUGAUCACUAAGAAUUGUGUUUUUGAAAGUGUUUACGUUAUCAAAGUUUAUGACUAAACAGUCGCUACAUGUAACGACGAAUCCUGUACUAUGUUUUUCGGCAAGUGUCAAUUUUAGGCACCUAUGAAUGUUUCUCCUCUGAUGGUUAGGUUGAUAAACUUUUGCCGCUAUUAACUUAGAUUCUUCAGACAGAAUCGCAAGACAUUUUUUGUUAAAUAGGAAUAAAUGAUGCUGUUAUAGGAAUUAAAUUUUUGCUUACUCUAUAUAUUGCCAAUUCGCAAUCACAUGUCACUUUAGAGGUUAAAAUGCGUAGUUUUAUGACAGAAAAUGAGCUUGUGGAUAGACACUUAUUUGCCGUUUAAUUAUUGUUUUUUUUUUUUUUAUAUGAAGGUGGUCUGAAUAUAGAAGGCUUUAUAUAUUAUAUGACAGUAUAUGUGCCUGUUAAGUUUUAUCCCGAUUGUUCAAGGAGGUUAAUAUAUACUUCUGCUGCCGUAGCAGGAUAUAUUAUACUUUAUAUAGAAAAAAUAUUGAUUAAGUACUUUACAUAUAAUCAUAGGUCACAGGUUUUUUUUGGGUUUUUUGGACAUGUCUGUUUUGUAUCUGUUGUUUUUGUAUCUUCAUAUUUAAAUACAAGUCUUAUUAAAAUUAAAAUAUAUCUAUUAAAUUCGAAGGUACAGAUCUUUAAUGGUAGAUUCUGUAUAUAUGCACAUGUAAAACGAUAAACUUGUUAUUAAGUUCUAGGUUAGUUAAUUUAACUGAGACUCAGCUUCUAAAUUUAGCGAUGGACCUGGACUGUUAUUUUCUUUCUGUUUUUUUUUAAAGAGAAUAAUUUCUUCAAUACUAAGAGAGUAUUAACAGCUUUCAGUUUUGACAAAACUUUCCUACAAUGUCCUCCAUCACUGUAUGCAGUUACAAUAAAAUCCUGUCAGCAUGAAAGAGUUAUGUCUAGGACAAAUCUAUUAAUGGGAGAUAAUUAAAACUAGAC